CACAAAGUCCUGUCGGAAACAACCAGGCUCCAAUAGCCUUUACAAAAGGACAAACAAUAGAUGUCCAUGUGUCGAAAGGUGAAAAAAUUCCCUAUAAUAAAAGGAUAACAGAGAUCGGAGCAAGCUUUGAUUCAGAGGGAUCCUUUGUCUGCCAGACCCCCGGUCUUUAUGCUUUCACAUUCUAUGGCCUCACUACAGAGGAUUCUAAACUUUGGCUUGAAAUGAUGAAGAAUGAUCAGUUAAUUGCAUCAAUCUUUGGUCAUACUAUAAAUGAUUAUGCUGACGCUGGAAAUGCUGCAAUAGUACAUUUAAAUACCGGUGACAAGGUGUACGUGAAAGCCCACGAUAAUUAUAAUCAUGCACUGUUUGGAAAAAUAGAUCAGAUUUACACCACAUUAACUGGGGAACUCUUGUUUGCAGACAAUUUGGAACUAGAUGUUGAGAACUUCAAUGGUCCUGUGGGAUUCUCAGCUAUCAUGACCAAACACGCUUAUAUCAAUGAUGGAUCAACGGUGAUUUACGACAAAGCCAUUACAAAUAUCGGCAGUGCCUACAACACAACAACCGGAACAUUUACCGCCCCUUUUGAGGGAACGUACUUGUUUCACUUCCACGCACUGGCUCUUGAGGACAAUAAAUUCUGGCUGGAGCUUUUCCACAAUGAACAUAACGUAAUCUCAUCUUACGGAUAUACCGAUGGAUGUUACGCUGACGCAGGCAACACGGCUAUUCUCCACCUUAAAAAAGGAGACAUGGUAAAAACCAAAUCUAGGCCUGGUACGAACACCAGACUUUAUGGAGCCUCUGAUGAAUUUUACACGACAUUCUGCGGAGCGCUUUUGUCACCAACUAUUUACAAAAACAGUGGUCAGGCAACACAGCAGGAAAUAGCUUUCUCCGCCGGUCUUACCCAUAAUGAGGCUUCUUCAGAUUCCUCGAAAAUGAUAUUUGAUAGGGUUUUCCUCAAUCACGGACUAAGCUUCAACGCAAACACUGGGGUGUUCACGGCCCCUGUUGCCGGUAUCUAUGUCUUUCAUUACCACGCCCUAACGCAGAAUGACAAAGCAGAGUGGGUGGAGCUGUACCAUAACUACAUUUACGUCAACUCUCUGUAUGCCCAUACUUCCGGAGGUUAUGGCUCUGGAAGUAACUCUGCUGCCCUCGAGUUGGAUGUGGGAGAUACUGUGUAUCUGGAUAUUCAACACCGUGGGUCCUUUCUUUAUGGAGGCAGUGAUAAUAUUUAUUGUACCUUUUCUGGUUACCUUUUAUCACCAAUUGCAAGACACAACCCUGUUGUAGGAUAA